AUUCUCGAGAAAUCACAUGGACCAGCCGGGUAUAAACAGCCCCUCCUUCCUGUUGGCGCACAACUGAGAAUGAAACUGCGUGAGGAGUACACAGUGGUGCCGUUUUCAGAAAUUUGAUCAAAUAUCAAAUAUUUUCGUCAAAAAUACACUGUAAAACUAUUUUCUGCACUUUUUUCCAGCUGUCUCUCGGGGUUGUCGGCUCUUUAGGACUCACUUUUCCGCGUUACUUCAAACGUGCGUUAUAAACAGUGUAUGUCGUCGUUACAUUUGUGCAACGAAUAAGUUUGACCCCGACUAAGUUUUCCGGAGCUGUCUGUGGUUUUAUCGUCAAGCCUCAGAUGUCUGGUCAGUGGCAGGAGCUGCUGAAGCUGGGCUCUGAUCUUCAGGGCCAGGUGAGCCAACUGUAUACGGGCAAACUCCCCCGAGAGAUCCGACACUACCUCUGCCAGCCGAUAGAGAGCCAGGACUGGUGAGUGCUCAUGAAUUCGACUAAUGCAAUAUAACUAAAAACACAUAAGAAUCUGCUUUAUGCGCACAAAAAAGUAGAAUUUUUUGUUUGUUUAUGCAAAGAUGAGUCAUUUUACACAAAAGUACACAUGUACAGUAAAAUCAUUAUAGCUAUUUAAGACAGUAUUAAAAGUGUCUUCUCUCUCUAGAAUUGUAAAAAGGUAAUAAAAGGUGAGUCACUAAACUCCUGACAGAACCACCGGACAAUACUCUGUGCAAUAACCCACUUAACUGUGCAAUAUUAUCUGUGAAGUGCAACACAGCAAUUCAUACACCAUUAUUAAUAUGUGUGAUAUGUCAAUUUUCAUACCCCAUUUAUUCCACUGACUUAUCCUCCAUUUCAUACAUUCACACUCACUUUGUAAAUAUUCCUCUCAUACUUUUGUAUCUGUAUUCUUAUUUUAUUUUAUUCCUUCAGUACUUAUUGUGUGUUUUUUUCUGUACUCCUUGAGUCGAGCGGUCCUCUCAUCCAGGGCAUUUCAUUGCAUUGUUGACCUUGUUUAACAUACCCAUGACAAAUGAAUAAAUCUUGAAAUCUUGAGUCAUAAGCUGCAGGUUGCAGAUGGACUUGUACACAGGAAGUAGAGGGCAGCAUGACAUACACAGUUACAGUAAGAGGGCCGCACACACAGGCGGAGCUGCUGUCAGCCCACCUGCCGUACAAUUUAUGAUCAAAACUUAGAACAAUGAUCUCAGAAAUGAACCAAAAAUAGAUAAUAACAUGCUCAAAAACUACCAACAGUAGAAAAAAAAACUUGAUUUUAACAUUUCUUUGAUAAUCCUUCAUUUUUAUGUUUGGUUAUUGUUUUCAAAGUGUGUCUUAAUUUAGGGAAAUAGACAAACACAGUCCUGAGAUUAACAUACUGUGUCUUAGUUGAAGUUGGUACAGAAUUGCUAAACUGAGGUCCAUGAUUGCAAGACCUAAAAUGGAGAUGGUAAUUCAUGCCUUUGUUUCAUCUUGCAUUGACUACUGUAAUGCUCUUUUCAUGUGUUUUAACAAAAAAACGCCUUCAAACUGUACAAAAUGCAGCUGCAAGGCUUGUAACCGGAUCCAAGAAAAGAGACAAUAUCACCCCAAUUUUAUAUUCCCUACAUUGGUUACCAGUUAAUUUUUCACUGAGCUGCUGAGACCCUACUCCUCCUCAUGUUCAUUAAGGCCAUCAGACCACAAACUCAUGAUGGUCCCUUGCCUCUGGAAUGCACUACCAUUGACCUUACGUUGCAUAGAGUCUACUGAAAGUUUUAACAGAGAACUAAAAACCUUUUUAGACAGGAUUUCAACUGAUGUCGACAUUGUGCUUGUAUCUGUGCCAUUAUAUUUAUUGUGUUUCUCUGUAUUCUACUGCAUUUUAUCCUUGCUGUAAAGCACUUUGUGAUUUUAUCGAUGACAAGUGCUGUAUAAGGUAAAUUUACUUACUUAUCUGUCGCUGUGUGUCAGGGAUUCGGCUGCCGAGGAUGAAAACAAAGCCAGGGCUUGUUUGGGAGCUCUCCUGGUGUGUCUGGAAGAACAGUGGAGCCGCUCUGUCCAGGAGAACAGCAUCUUACAGGGACCAGAUUUUUCAGCACUGAAAGACCACCUCCUGGUAGGAUGGACAUGUUUUAAAAGUUAUUUAGUCUUUUUUUUUACGUCCUUUUUCCUUAGAAAUAAAGUAUAACUUAUCAUUUCCCAUUGCAAGUGCUAAUCUGUUUUCUUUUCCAUCCUUAGAAAAACUUUGAGCAUAAUCCGCUGAACCUGGCUGUUAUUCUCUCUACGUGCCUCAAAGAGGAAAAGAGGAUCCUGGCAGCAGCCUCCGAAGCACAGGUAAGACAAUUAAUAUUUACUUAAUUUAAACACAGGCAAGUUUUAAAUACAAAAAUCAAAUAAAAGGUUGGAAUACAUAAAGUAUAUAUAUUUUUUUUGUUUUUAGGGUUUCAGUUCCCCAACCAUGGAUCAAAGAAGAGAGAUGUUGGACAGGAUGAUUUCCAACAUAAGAGGGAUGAUUUUGGUAUGACGUGGCGUGACGCAUAACUAAUUUUGAUCACAAAGCAGAUUUUUCUCUUUCUUCCCCAUUUUGAAAAGUACACACUAAAUUAUUUCUUAAUCUGUGAAAUUUUUCAUCUGAUUCAGGGAGCCAAAAAGGAAACCAAAUCACUGGAGAACCUGUAUGCAACACUGGACUUCAUUCAGAACAACUGGCAAAGCCGAGGUACGAGAGGAGACAGAGAGAAAUGUGAUAUGAUUGUUGUAGCCGGGUAUUAAUCAUGGUUGCUGUCUCAUACUUCUCCUCUAGUGGAAGAGCACUCUGGAUUCCCUCAGCCUCAAGCUGCUGUAGAACAGGAAUGUCUCAAUCAGGCCAACUUCAUUUCAAGAACAAACCAGGUACAGUAAACACAGAAAUGCACAGGGAAACUACAAACACACCAUCAAUUAAUAGAUACCAAUACUCAGAAAAACGAAGUGCAUUAUAACCAGUGAACAGUUAAAGGGAGAUAUUGCUUUUACACAGACUGUAAAUGAAGAUAAUGAGGUUUGAGAUGUUUAGGACAGCUCUGUCACCUCUGGAUGAAAUGCUCUGAACUACACUGUUGUGCUGCAGAUGGUGGAGAUGCAGAUCCGGGAGAUUUUAAAUCAGACAAAGCAGGUUGUGGAGACUCUCAGUGAUGUGGAGCUCCCUGAGUGGAAGCACAGACAACAGAUCGCCUGUAUUGGAGGUCCUGUUGACACCUCUCUGGACCAUCUUGAGAAAUGGUAAGAAUAUAACUCGAUAGAACUUUCAUAAUCAUGUAUUUACUGCUACAAUUUAUCACAGUCAGAGUGUUCAUUUUGUGUUGUGUAUCCAGGUUCACAGCAGUGGCAGAAGUGCUGCUAGAAAUCCACAAACAGCUGCAGAAACUGCGAGAUAUUCUGGUGAAAUACAAGAGAACUGAAGCCUCCAGCAUCUCCACUCCCAUGGCAGAAAUCGAGACACAUGUUCUGUCUCUGCUGAAAAAACUUCUUUCCAAGUAAGACAUGCUUCAUCCGAACUGCUUUAUGAGUCAGAUACAGUCUGUACACUCAGGCAGAUAGACAGAAUUAAGGUGACAUACUGUUGUGGUUUUGCUUUGCAGUGCUCUGGUUGUUGAGCAGCAGACUGUGAUGACGAAUCAGCCACAGCGACCUCUUGUGAUUAAGACUGGAGUGCGUUUCACAGCGAAAGUGAGGUAAUGCUGACCCUAACACACAAUGAGGUUGUUUGGUUUUGGUUCAAUCACAGUCAUGUUUUUUGCAGACUAUAAUAACGCUGUAAUCAUAGUUAUUAUUUACAGAAUAAACUGUUUUGGGUUUUUUUUUGAUGGCUGAAGUCUGUGUCUCUUCAUCCCUCAGGUUUUUGGCAAACCUCACAGAAUUUGUACAGAAGUGUUUGCUCAAAGUCACGCCUAAGUUUGACAAGUAAGUGAACCUGUGGUGUCUGAGCAAAGAUCUUUGAUUUCCUGUCUUUUCUUUUUAAGGAAAUGUAAGUCACACCCAUAUCAUCCUUGUUAUGUCUUUCUUUUCUUUAAAAUAAGGGGUGUUGAAGAAGCCAAGACCAUCAAAGGGUAAGUCAAGAGUAAAAGUGAAAUCAGAGUGUAAACUGGUGAAUCAGUGACAUGGAUUUAAAGGGAUAUUUUGGCGUAAAAUUAAGUUAGGGUCAAACACAGGGUAACACCGAGUUAGACAACCCCCCGGAAGAUGAAUGUUGCCGACUGCUUGCUUCUGUAGUUAUACCAACUUAAGUAACGACCGCACAAUAGCAAUACAAAGAGCUAUGCGCUCAACCAAAACACCACUCUAUAGCCACAAAUAAUGCUCAGAACAGCACCUAACUUCAUCAACAGUACAUAUAGGGUCACAGCCAUAGCACUAGCCACCAAACAUCUUUUUAGCUUUACCUGAUUUCUUUAGUAAAGAAACUAAACACAACUCACCUACUCUCUUCCAGCAGCCGCUUGUUUGUAGCGAGACCUGGGACGAGUCCAUCAACUGCAGCGGGGUGACGCAGCUCAAGGAAGAACAUUUAUGAUCAUUUCUUUAUCAUUUCCUUGAAGUAAUAAUCACCAUAUUCAUCAUUUUGCGCUGCAGACGUGUUCGUUUUUCUGCCUUAGUGUCUCGGUCUCGCUACAAACAAGCGGCUGCUGGAAGAGAGUAGGUGAGUUGUUGCCCUCCUGCUCUGCUGAUCAGCGUGUGCAAUUUGAUUCAAAAACCUCACAGUGGGUGUCUGCACAAACUGAAACAAAAACCAGGAUACUAGUGUCGGUCAUAGAUACAGUAAUAUGAAUUACCAGGUUUCUCUGAGUGCAUUUAAACUCGCUCAUUACAAUCAUUACAACUGACCUUUUACACAUCUAUGUUGUUUUAGGUUUCGUCUGUUCGAGCUCAGCAGUGAUGAAAAGGUGAUGGAUGUGUACACGGCAGGUGGAGGACUGGAGGCCGAUUUCGGGCACAUGGUAUGAAACUUUACAAACAGCUCGUUGAUAAAUUUUCACAAAGAUGUAACUUAAAGACAAAAUAUUUGAAUUUAACUGAAGUAUUGAAAUAUUCAUAAUGAAACACUCACCAUGGUAUUUGAUGACAUGAAUAUUUCUUCAGUAAGUUUUCCUUUCUAUUGUUUUUUAUUUCAGUUGCUGAAGGAAAAAAAACGGGGUCUCAAAGUAACACAGGAGGUAAAAUGAGGCGUUCAGAUUCAUUUAACUGUAAACACUCAGUGAGAGGAUCUUAUCUAAGUGCUUUUACUUUCUAGAUAGUUACAGGUUUAUCUGCAUUUUUAGAGCCGUUUCCUCUUCAUUUAUCCAUUUGUUCAAAUAUUUUCAGACCAGUGCAGCGGUGAGCAAAAGGAAAAGAAAUAAAAGUGAAGAGGACCCAAAUCAUCUGUCGGUCACAGAGGAACUCCACAUCAUCAAGUUUGAGAUGAAGUUUCAGUACGCUGGGCUGGAUUUGAGCAUCGAGGUGAGACAAUGUUAUUCUCAGAUGAAAUCCAGACACAUUUACAUUUUAUUUUUCCUUUUUCACCUUCAAAAUCUAAAUGGUCUCCUCUUAUGUUGGUCCAGACCAGCUCUCUGCCUCUGGUUGUCAUCUCUAGCACCAAUCAGAUCCCUGCUGCCUGGGCCUCUAUCAUGUGGUUCAACAUGCUGUCCAACAGUGAGCCAAAGGUAAACCCAGGGUCCAUCAGGGAACAAAAAUACACACAAACCUCUUUUUGCUAAAGCUUUACGAUUAGACAUAUCAGUAGAUUAAAUUGAAUAUCCCCUCAAGUAUCAUGGCUUGAUCAUAUAACUCACAACACCUGCUUGUGCACAUGAUACCCAAAGUUCUGACCUUAAAGUGAUGCCAAGUCCACUUUCAGGAAACAGAAACAUAGAAACACUGCCGCUUAUGUUCAUCCUAUGUAUCUGAGGGGCUUGUUUUGAAUCUGUUUUACUUAUUAAAGGUGUUUUUUUAACAAUCUAGUUUUUGUUAUUUCACUUGGUAACCAGUAACAGCCUUUAUCUGGUGGCUUAAACAAACGUCUGUUUCUUUUUAAAGGACCUGUCUUUCUUCCUCAAACUGCCCUCGCUCACCUGGGAGCAGCUCGCGCAGGUUCUCAGCUGGCAGUUUUUGGUUGUGGGACAACUAGGUCUCAAUGCGGACCAGCUCUGUGUGCUGAGAGACAAAUUCGUGGGUGAGUCUUUGAACACUAAGCUCUUGUUUUUUCUGCUUUAAAGACUAAAUGGAAACGAUUGUCUGUUAACUCCUUCUCUUUAUAACUUAUUCUAUUCGUAACAUUUCUAUGCAGAAAGUCCUGAUGGUCUUGUUCACUGGAAAGAUUUCUCAAAGGUGAGUUGGGGUCUUAUUAGAGCAGGCUGACACUAAUCCUAUUAAUGCUCACUGAAACCAGCUUUCUCUCUUGACACUGUGAUUUAUACUCUCAGAUUGAGACCAGCGCCUGGUAUUGGAUUGAUGGGAUCCUGGAUUUGAUCAGAAAACACUUGAUGGAUAUUUGGCGGGAUGGGUAAGGCACAAUUGAUUUAUAUUACACAGUACAAGCCUCUCUUUAAAGCCUUACUGAGAUCAAAUUUAGAAGAAUGUUGAUGUUAAAAGUGAGUAAACUCACAAAACUCUGUGUGUGGUUUUCAGUUCCAUAGUUGGGUUUGUGAGCAGGGCGAGAACAGAGGCCCUGCUUCGGGAAAAACAAGCCGGCACCUUUCUGCUCCGCUUUAGUGAGAGCAACAAAGACGGAGCCAUCACCUUCAGCUGGGUGGAGAAUGCCAACGGUGGUAUGUUACUGUACACUGUACUUGAACUAAAGUCUGUUCAAAACUGGGGUUUGAACAAUGAGGGAACACAUCACCUGUGUUUUCUUUCUAUAUAGAGACCCUCGUGCACGCAGUUGAACCGUACACCAAGCAGGAGCUUUCCGUGAACUCUCUGCCAUACAUAAUUUUCAACUACAGCCUGAAGACCCAGACCAACACAAACUGGAAACCUCUGCUCUACCUUUACCCAGACAUCCCCAAAGGCACGGCCUUCGGACAGUACUACAAAGCCCCAGGUAUUAUUGAAGGCUAAUACCUGAAGGCUUGAAGGCUUGGUGGCUGUGAAUGAAGGCUUCUGUUAUUAAUUGUACACCAGUGUGACGUCCAUAGAAACAUGUUUUGCUUGGUUAUAAAUGAGCACUGUGUUAACCUUGAAUCACCUGUUCAUGCAGAAAAAGCAGCACCUAAAAACGGCAAGAGUGGUUACGUCGCCAAGAAUUUCAUUCCUGUUUCAGUGUAAGUAUGACAGAGUUUCAGAGGAUCAGUUGAGAACAACUAAGAGAUUUAGAGAUAAAGUUUUGGUUUGAGGAGGGGGAAGUCAGAACAGCAGAAAGGUGUGGUAUUUAGCAGAAUAAAGUUCUAUUACUAUGAGAAUAAAGUUAUGAUUAUAGGCUGCAGUUCUUCUUUGUUCAGCUGCUCAUCCAUAAACAAUCCCUGCUGUGUGUUGCAUCUUCAUUUUUUAGAUUUAAUAACUUUAUUCCCUUUAUGACUUUUCUCUAAUAUUAAUAUGAAUUUGUUCUUGUAAUUUAAAUACUUUUUUCUUGUCACAGUCUGGCUUUAUACCCACAUUAUCAAGACUUUUAUCUUGUUUAUUUGCAUCUUUAAUGUGACUUGAUUCUUGAAGUGCACUAAAUUAAUUCUUGUUAUAAUUUAAUCUUAUAUAAUGUGACCAUAUCUUUUUAGGACUUAUUAGAAAGCUAGCUGAGAUUUUUUUCCUGUUACAGUAAUCCAACACCACCUCCGUCUCCAACUAAAGAGCUGGAAAUGAUGGACAUGGACCCAGUUGAGGACAUGAAUGUGAGUAUGUGCAUCAUUUUCCCACUUUUGAUUGAUUUGUAAACCGUUUCAGUGAUCUUACUAUCACAGGUAAUGUCAUGUUUUCUAAGAUGCACUCAGACUGGAUUUCCUCCGCAGAUAAUUGACAGAGGAUGCUUUUGUUUCCUUGUAGGUGGAUCACCAACAAGUGAUACAGGACCUCUUCCCUGAUCUUUUCUGUCACCCAUCUGGACCCUCUGACAGCACACUCAACCAAGAGAUGCCACCUUUCCAGAACAGCUCUAUGAACCCCGAAAUCUUGAUGUAAUUUUGAGACAAUUAAUGGAACAGGGUGCAAUCACCAGAAUGGCUAAAUGAUGUGCAACAAUAGUAUAUAUUCUGCUGCACUGUAGCAUUUUUAUCAUUAUUGACAGAGAAAUGAAGAUUUCUCUUAAUGCACUUAUUAAAAGAACAGCUGUGUUCAGUUUUCAGGGACCUGUAAGCCCUUUUUCUUCCCAAGUGAGUGUUUGUAUAUAGAAACUAAUUAUUUGAAUUAGUUCAGUAUUUGCACAAGCUUGUACUGCCUUUCAGGAGGAUUAAAUCCUGCUGCUGUUAAAAAUAAAUUUGUACUGUAGGUGUUUUUAAGGAAAACACAAUUUCAAGAGUAUCUAACCACUCAAAUAAAACAACACCCUAAAACUUAAUGUUAUAUUUUCAUACAGAACAAACAAACAACACUGGUGUGUCUACAGUUUGUGUUUAGUUUUGGAGUCUAUCAAUGUUUAAAAGCUCAAUAUAACCAGAUUUUACAGAGUUUAUUAAAUGCUUAGUACCGAGGUCUUCUACAAAUCAAUUCAAUGUAAAGAGAAGAAAACAUGAGGAAUGUUAAAUGUUUUUUAUGUUUGUUGAACUUCAUGUUUGUGGAUUUUUUAAAGGUGCUUUGUAAAUAAAAUGUUAAGGCCUAA